AUGGACACCCAGACAUUGAUGGAGAACAUGCCUGAAAUAUUUUCAGUCAUUGUUCAGCGUAUUAAAGUGACAAAUCAGGUCUUCAAGCCUAAGCAAGCUUCUUCAAGUGGUGACGGAGAACCAACCAAGGACAAUACGAGGAAAUCAGAAGAAUCCAAGGACACAACGGAUAGUCAGUCAAAUAGGAAGAAGGGCCAGAAAUCAAAGGAAACCAAAGGUACAACGGAUACGAAAUUCGCUACGAAGAAGAUACGUGGACGUGUAGUUAUUCCCAAAGGCAGGUUCGAGUGGCCGCAACCUAUUCUCUCAGAUAUAGAGAAUACGCCUACAUGUGAGGUAUACGGUGUGGUAGUACACAUAGGAGAGGGGACAGAUUCUGGUCAUUGGGUUACGUACAUCAAAGAGGAAAACACGCCAUCUAAGAUGCGAUGUUGGACCGAGUAUAACGACUCUUUAAAAAAGAUCAAUCUGACCGAUGAAGACAUCAAGGAUCGAGAUAUUGUGAUGCUUUACUUCAGGAAGGUUGCGGUAAAGGAAUGA